AUGACAUGGAGUAAAGAAGUUCAUAUGAUAACCUGUGAGUCUGACUUUCAGGUUCCCGAAAUCGACAAAAAUGAACCGGGCCUUGAACCAGACUCCAUGAAGGGUGAUAUCGAAUUCAAAAAUGUCUCCUUCGUAUAUCCAAUGCGACCUGAUGUUGUGACGCUGAAAAACUUCAACAUGACGAUUAAAGCGGGUCAAACAGUUGCCAUUGUGGGUCCAAGUGGUUCAGGUAAGAGCACAGUCAUUCAACUGCUUCAGCGUUUCUACGAUCCAAUCGAAGGUCAGGUGUUGAUUGAUGGUCAUGAUAUACGUGAGCUGGAUCUCAAAUGGAUGAGACGCCAGUUUGGUGUUGUUUCACAGGAACCACUUCUCUUUGCCGCAACAGUAAAAGAGAACAUUGAACUUGGAAACCAGGGUGCAACUCUCGAGGAGAUAGAAGAGGCAGCAAAGAUGGCCGAUGCUCACAAUUUCAUACUCAAAUUGCAAGAUGCUUAUGAUACAAUGAUCGGUGAGGGAGGAGGUGGUAUGUCCGGAGGUCAGAAACAGCGUUUAACCAUAGCUCGAGCACUACUUCGGAAUCCUCGAAUACUCCUCCUAGACGAAGCAACAUCUGCCUUGGAUACGCACUCAGAACGAGCCGUGCAAUCUGCUUUAGAUAAGGCUGGAGUUGGUCGGACUGUCAUCAUGGUUGCCCAUCGUCUCACAACCGUAAGAAAUGCCGAUAGGAUUCUUGUCGUUGAUAAGGGUGAAAUCAAGGAGUCGGGAACACACGAUGAACUUGUACGACACAAUGGAAUCUAUGCUCACAUGCUGUCUUUGCAGAAUUCGACACUGGGUUGGGCGGGGGCGAAGUUGACUCAAAGAACUAGAGGCUUGCUAUUCAAUGCAAUGAUUGAGCAGGAACCAGGAUGGUUUGAUGAAGUGGCGAACCAACCAGGUGUACUCACAGCUCGUUUGGCCACAGAAGUGUCGAGUUUGGAAGCUGUGACAGGUGCCCAACUGGGCACCAUUAUGGAGUCUGCCUGUUUGAUCAUCGCAUCGANUGUCAUUGUAUUCAUGUACAGCUGGCAACUUGCUCUUGUGAAUUUCUGCUUCCUUCCCAUAAUUGUGGCGAGCAGCGCUUUGCAGAUGAAAAACCAGAAAUCUGUGAUGAACAUCAGAGAAGUCGCAGGCUCGCAGGUUGUACAAGAGGCACUCACGGCUCAGAAAACUGUGUUUGCAUUUGGUUUAGAGGACUACUUCUAUAAUAAAUUUUUGGAAAAAUCAGAUCGUGCUACCUCUGAGCGUGUGAAGGAUGCUGCCUUAUAUGGUCUGGUUCAUGGAGCAGCCAAUGGAUUGAGUUACUUCCAAACGGCCGCGUCCUUUUAUGUUGGUUCGGUAUUACUCAACCAAGGUGUCCUCGAUGUCUUAUCCGUAUUUCGCCCCUCGAAAGACUUGCUAUUUAAACUGUUUCUUCUCUUCACUUUGAGAACCUUCUCAGCAUUCAACUUUGGCGCUCAAGGUAUAACACGAAUAGCCGCAUUAGCUCCAGAGUUCAGGAAGGCAUCUAACAAGAUUACCUCUGUGUUUGCGACAAUGGAUAGAAAGACGAAACUUGAUGUUAACGAAGGUAUAUUCCCAGACCAACCUUUGAGUGGAAACAUAGUCUUCAAGAAUGUCUACUUCAAGUAUCCAACACGAAAGCAAGUCAAAGUUCUCAGAAAGUUCAACUACUCCUUGAAUCCUGGCAAUUCCGUAGCACUUGUGGGUGCAUCUGGAUGCGGAAAAUCGACAAUUCUUCAACUGGUUCAACGACUUUACGAUGUUAGUAACCACGGUCCAAAGAGUGGGAUCUUUAUGAAUGGACAUGAUAUUCGGAAAGUGGCUCCCAAUUGGAUUCGUCAGCAAAUUGGCAUAGUUUCACAAGAGCCAAAUCUAUUUGAUUUGACAAUUCGUGAAAACAUAGCCUACGGCGACAACUCCCGAGAAAUACCAAUGGAGGAAAUAAUGGCAGCGGCUAAGGAGGCCAAUGGUUAUGAAACACCUGUGGGUGCUAGAGGAUCCCAAUUGUCAGGUGGUCAAAAACAAAGAAUUGCAAUCGCUCGUGCUCUAGUUCGGAAACCGACCUUACUUCUACUCGAUGAGGCCACGUCUGCUCUGGAUAACGAAUCGGAGAGAGUAGUCCAAGCUGCAUUGGACGAGGCAAUGGCAAAGGGUGGUCGAACAUCCCUCGUAGUGGCCCAUCGUCUAACAACAGUUGAGAAUUGUGAUGUUAUUGUGGUGCUUCAAGAAGGUCAAGAGUGUGAGAUUGGUUCGCCGGAAGGUUUGAUGGCUAUGAAAGGCCUCUACUACCAGUUGCAUAAUUUCCGUUAUUCAAAACCGAUUGAAAUAGCUAUGUUUGCCUUUGGAAUUCUCUGCAGUGCUGGCUUGGGAGCUCUUUUCCCGCUUAGUAUGUCUUUGUUCGCUGACAUGGUCGACAAACUUAUUCUGAAUUUUUUUAACGCUGCUAAUCUCAUCGAAGAACAAAUUUCGCUCUUCGUCUACCUUGCUAUAUCUUCUCUUGUCCUGGGUUUUAUUCAAAUGUAUUUCUUGACAUUGUCUUCGAAGCGCCAAGCAAGACGCAUUCGACUGCUCUUUUUCGACAGUAUGAUCCGACAAGAUGCUGGAUGGAUGGACUCCAAUGCCUCUGGAAGCUUAAUAAGCUUAAUAUCAAGUAGUCUGCCCGAGAUCCAAGGCGGUAUUGGAAACAGAGUAGGAAGCUUCGUAAGAGAUGCUGUUCUCUUCCUUGGUUGUAUCAUCAUGGCUUUUGCGAAGGGAUGGAAACUUGCAUUGGCAGCAACACUUUUCCUCCCUUUUGUUGGAUCUUCAUUCGGUUUACUCGCAUUUGCACUCAAGUAUUUCAACAAUAAGGAAAUCAAAGCCUACAGCCAAGCUGGAGGUAUAGCUGGUGAAGUGCUCUCUGCCAUUCGCACAGUAUUUGCCUAUGGCGGUCAAGGAAAAACAUAUCAUCGGUAUGCAGGAGAACUCCACAAAGCAGAACGCACUGGUAUUCGCAAAGGCAUGGCAAUUGGAGCUGGCAAUGGUUUUGUUAGCCUUUCAAUCUUCUCUGCCGCCGCUCUCCUGCUUUGGUUCGGGAUAACUCUUGUCCGAACUGAAAGAUUUAGCAACGGCACGGUUAUUCUGGUUGUCGUCAGCAUAAUCAUUUCAAGUAUUGCUGUCGGCAAAGCUUUGCCAGAAAUUGAAGCUCUAGCAAGAGCAGUAACAGCAGCUGGGAAAGUGUACAUGAUCAUCGAUCGUGUUCCAGCCAUCGAUAUCGACCAAGCCGGUGAGGUAAUUGAAGAUUUUCAGGGAAAAAUCGAGUUCAAAAAUGUCGACUUUACCUAUCCAAGCCGGCCUGAUGUUCCCAUUUUGAAGAACUUCAAUCUCACAAUUGAAGCUGGCCAGAAAAUAGCUAUUGUGGGAUUUAGCGGUUCAGGAAAAAGUACAGCUAUACAUCUUAUUCAAAGACUCUACGAGGCGACUUCAGGAAGUGUAUUUAUAGAUGGAAUUCCUAUUCAAGAGCUUGAUGUAAACUGGUUGAGAAGUAGAAUUGGAACAGUGUCACAAGAAGCAACUCUAUUCACCGGUACAAUCGCCGACAAUAUACAAAUGGGGAACCUUGAGGCAUCUAUGAGCGAGAUUAUUGAAGCCGCAGAGCUUUCGGAAGCCGAUGAAUUUAUUAGCAGACUGCCUGAAGGCUAUAACACAUGGUUGAAUGAAGGUGGAGCAAAAUUAUCUGGGGGUCAGCGUCAAAGACUCGCAAUUGCUCGAGCUCUUGUUCGGAAUCCAAAAAUCCUUCUACUAGAUGAAGCGACAUCAGCACUUGAUACCAGGACAGAGAAAUCCGUUCAACGUUCUCUCGAUCAGGCAGGUUGCGGUAGGACAGUGCUCAUGGUUGCCCAUCGUCUUACAACGGUGAGAGAAGCCGAUCUUAUUGUUGUCAUGAAGGAUGGUGUAAUAAUUGAACAGGGAAAACAUGAUGAACUCCGUGAUCGAAAGGGACAGUACUAUAAAAUGCUUCAAGCUCAAGGUCUCUUGAAGGAAGAAACUGCGAAGACUGAAGAAGCUGCUGCAAGUUUAGCUGAUCUGGAAAAAAUGGGAGUCAAAUUUUUCACUGAUAAACGAGAUGAGUACAAUGAUUUUCCUGAGAAGUCAGUAUCAGAAAGUGAAGUCGACGAAGAGGAGGUCAAAACAAAACUUUUUAAAAGAAAGUAUCCAAUGCUGCAAGCCCUUAGGCUAAACAGACCCGAAUAUCCCUACCUCUUCCUUGGUUUACUAAUGGCUAUUGCCGUAAGCAUUAUUGAAGCCAUUUUCGCUUUGGUCUACUCAGAUAUGUUUGAUCUUGCUUUGAUGGUAUUCACUCCCAAUAAGAUGCAAAGGAAAGCCAACACCCUCGCUACUACAAUGAUCGUGCUGGGGGUACUUCGAAUGGUUGCUACGUUCAUUCAACGAACAAUGCUUGGUAUCUCCGGAGAAAGAUUAACAAGACGAGUUCGAGGAAUGUUAUUCAAGAGCAUUUUGAAACAGGAAAUGGCAUGGUUUGACAAACAUGAAAAUCAACCUGGCGUAUUGACAGCUCGAUUGGCUGCUGAUGCUCCCUCUUUGGAGAAAAUUUCCGGCACCCAGUUGGGAGUCAUGCUUGAAGCCACUUGUCUUGUCAUUGUCUCUCUUGCCAUCGCUUGCACAUAUAGCUGGCAACUGACUCUAGUCAAUCUGGCCUUCUUUCCUUUUCUUGUUCUUGCCAGCAUCCUACAGCUUAAAGACCUGUCCUCAUCGGAACGCAAGAAACACAUGGCGGGUGUUAGUAUCGCCCAAGAGGCCAUCAACGCCCAUCGGGUCCUUACAAGUUUCGGCCUCGAGAAUUAUUACAGUCAACUCUUCUUGGAGAAAUGCGGACAAAAGAUUCCAUAUAUUGACCUGCCGAAUCUCUUCUUCUCAUUGGUCAGCACUGUUGCUCAAUCUAUGCAGUACUUCCAAAUGGCUGCCUCUUUUAAGGUUGGAGCUAUUCUUCUACGACAACGUGAAAUUGGAGUAUUCACGGUCUUUCGAGUGUUCACAUUGAUUAGUUUCUCCGCUCAGGGUGUUGGCCGAGCAGCCUCUUUCUUGCCUGAUUUGAAGAGUGCCAACGCUGGUGCUAGACAGAUUAUGAGCCUUAUUGAACGACCCAGUGAAAUGGAAGUAGAAAGUGGUGACCAUCCAUCUGAACCCUUCUCAGGAAAGAUCGAAUUUAAGGGAGUCUCCUUCGCCUAUCCUGAUAGAAAAUAUGUAAAAGUAUUGGAAGGUUUCGAUCAUACUGUCGAGCCGGGUACUUCUGUGGCGCUAGUUGGUCAAUCUGGUUGCGGCAAAUCAACUAUCCUUCAGCUCAUCGAACGCUUCUACGAUGCCGAUAAUUCAGAGAAAACGGGAGAAGGUGUCUUUAUGGAUGGAAAGAAUGUCAAAAUGAUCGCACCCGAAUGGAUUCGAAGACAAAUCGGUGUCGUUCUUCAGAAUUCCGAUCUCUUUGAUAUUUCAAUUAAAGAAAAUAUAGCCUUCGGUGAUUGCUCCCGGGAGGUUUCUAUGAGUGAAGUUAUCGAAGCGGCUCAGAUAGCAAAUAUUCAUGACUUUAUUACCAGUUUGCCGUUGGGUUAUGAUACGCGAGUGGGAAUUCAAGGAUCACAGCUCUCUGGUGGUCAAAGACAGAGAAUCGCGAUUGCCAGAGCUCUGAUCAGAAAACCCGCUUUGCUAUUGCUGGAUGAAGCAACAUCCGCGUUGGAUGCAGAAAAUGAACGUGAUGUACAGCAGGCUCUUUCUGAGACAAUUUCAAAAGCGAAGAUGACUUGUGUAGUUGUUGCUCACCGUCUAUCAACUGUAGAAGCAUGCCACACCGUCGUGGUGAUAGACAGAGGACAAAAGAUUGAAUGUGGACCUCCGAAAGCACUUCUCCAGGGCCGUGGAGCUUUCUACGCCCUUCAUAGUGCAUCCAAUUGA